AUGCCGUGGACUUUUCCUGUCGGGUCUAUGUUAGGCGAUAGUCGUUCACUAGUACUAAGGGUGCAUUUACCCAAAGCUGGAAUUACUAAAACAACUGCAUUCGAUGCUCAAAUGACUGUAGGUCAAGCUUGUGAACGUAUUCGAGCGCAAGUACGUGAAUUUGAUCAAACAGAUGGUGCCAAAGAUUAUGGCUUAUUCCUUCCUCAUGAAGAUAAUAAGAAAGGUCUAUGGUUAGACAAUGCCCGUACUUUGGAGCAUUAUAUUCUACGGAAUGGGGAUACAGUGGAGUACAGAUAUCGAUAUCGUUGGCUUUAUAUCCGUACAAUGGAUGGAACCAGAAAAACGCUAAAAGUAGAUGAUAGUAAAACUGUGGCAGAGCUUAUGCUGAUGAUAUGCACUAAAAUGGGUAUUUACAAUUAUGAAGAAUAUUUGUUGGCACGUGAACGAGAUGAAACAGAUAAAGAGCGUACAAUGACAUUGAGACGGACAACUGGUCAUACUGGAACCAUGAUGCGUGAUCAAGAGAAAAUGGAGAGGUUGAAGCGUAAACUACACACAGACGAUGACAUGGAAUGGUUGAAUCCAUCUCAGAGUUUAAGGCAACAAGGUGUAGAUGAGAAAGAAGUUCUCCUGUUGAAACGUCGAUAUUUCUUCUCUGAUAUGAAUGUGGAUGCUCGGGAUCCUGUACAGUUGAAUUUAUUAUAUGUUCAAUUGAAAGACGCCAUCUUGAAAGGCACUCAUCCAGUUUCGUUAGAGGAAGCUAUCUAUCUAGCUGGUAUACAAUGCCAAGUACAGUUUGGAAAUUAUGUUGCUGAAAAAUUUAAACCAAAUUUUUUAGAUUUGAAAGAUUUCCUACCAAAAGAAUAUGCAAAGAUACGUAGUUUAGAGAAGAAAAUCUUUCAACAACAUGCAGAAUUCUGUGGUUUAAGCGAAGUAGAGGCCAAAGUGAAAUAUUGUCAUUUUUGUCGUUCGUUAAAAACCUAUGGAAUUACAUUCUUUUUAGUGAAAGAAAGAAUUAAAGGGAAAAAUAAACUUAUACCGCGUUUAUUAGGCAUAACAAAGGAUAGUGUAGUUCGACUAGAUGAGAAAACUAAAGAAGUAUUGAAAAUUUGGCCGCUUACAUCUAUUUGUAAAUGGGCAGCAUCACCACAUGCCUUCACUAUGGACUUUGGUGAGUACUCUCCAGAUGAAUACUACACAGCACAAACAUCAGAAGGUGAACAAAUCUCUCAACUAAUUGCUGGUUAUAUUGAUAUAAUAUUGAAAAAACAGAAAGCUACCGAUCAUCCAGGUUUACAAGGUGAUGAAGAAUCUGCUAUGUAUGAAGAAAAUGUUCGAGCUGAAAGAGCUACAAUCGUUCAUCAUCAGCGUGUUCCCGUGAGAUCUCAUGGUAAAGAUACACUUGUCAAUGGUGUAGUUGAAAAACCAUACAAUCAGCAACAAUACCUUAAAAAUGAAAUGUCUAAUCAUCAAAUACAUGAUGCAUGGUCUACUCAUCAGCAGAAUAAUCUUGGUGUAGAUGAAAAUUCAACAAUGGUCGAUGGUCAAAGUAUGCUUACAACAUCUACAACAACACGUCAAAUGUCACCAGAUAACUUCAUGACUGGUGGGACUCAUAUUUUCCACUAUCAAGAAAUGUCACCAGCCCAAAGAUCUUUACUAGUUACAAUUAAUGAAGAUUUGGAGACUUUACAAGCAGCUAAGGAACAAUUAGAUAUUGGUCCACCAACAGAACGUCCUUUACUUGGUGUUGGAACAGAUGAAGCAUCUAAGCGUUGGUUAAGUGAAUCAAUGGGUGCUAGUCAAGCGAAAGUGACAGAUGAAGUCGGUGCUAUGAAUGCUGCUGUUGCUCAAGCAUUACGUUCAGCUAACAGAGCUGAGUCUGUUGAUGCUGGUGUUAUACAACAUGGUCAAUCAUUGGAUCAAAUACACGACCCUGGUGAUGACUUAAUGAUGAUGCAACAAUCAUUCCGUGUUGUUACAAUUCACUUCCCUGCUUUUGUCGAUGAUUUAAAACGUGUUGCUGUGCUUAGACGUGAAUCAGGAGCUUUAAAAGCUGAUCAAACUGGUCAACCAAUCAUUGCUGAACGAACUGAAGAGUCUACCCAGAAUUUAUUGUCAGCUGCUCGUCAUGUUGCUGAUGCAUUCACUGAUCUUUUACAAUCAGCUCGACCAUUAGCUAUGGGACAGACACAUGAAGAGAUUUAUCCAACUUCAGAGGAUGGUACUUAUCAAGCUAAUCGUGUCACUACAACUACUCAACAAGGCCCUGUAUCAAGUAGCUCACGUAAAGCCAUUAUUGAAGCAGCUAGUCGUGUUGGUGCAGCUAGUAAUGAUUUAUUACGUCAUGUUAUGCAUGGUGGAGAUGAUGACGAAUUGUUCAAUUCAAAUUAUUUAAUUUUAACUGAUGAAGAAAGAAUUUAUCAGGACCAGUUAUUAGGACUUGCUAAAGCUGUAGCCAAUGCAACCGCUGGAUUAGUUGUGAAGGCUAAAGUGUUAGCUUCACAGAUUACCGCCGAUCCUGAAGCUCAACAACGUGUAAUUGCUUCGGUUACGCAGACUGGUUUAUGUACUAGUCAACUGGUGGCUUGUACCAAAGUUUUGGCGCCUACUAUUCAUCAACCAACAUGUCAACAACAAUUAAGUGAAGCAGCUCGUGAAGUUACAUGGGCUGUAGACGGUGUAGUUCAAGCAUCACGUGCUACUGUUCAUGUUCCAUGUGAGGAUCCACAAAUUGUACAACAAUCAAUUAUUGAGACAGAAACUGCAGCUACAGAAGUUAGAGAUGCAUUAGAUCAACUCAAUGCACACUUAAUUAAAGGAUCAUUUAAGGGAUAUCAAGGAGAUGCAUUGAAUAGUUUUCAGACCGCUUAUGAAGACCUUAAACAGUAUUACACUACAGAUGGUCAACGUAUGGUUGCAUCUGCACGUCGUCUUGCACAGGCUACAGCUCUAAUGAUUGCUGACAUUAAAGCACAAGCAGAAGAAUCUGGAGAUGAUUCGGACAAACAGAAUCGUUUAUUCCAUGCUGCUAAACAGUUAGCAGAUGCUACUACUAACUUGAUCAAUGCUGCUAAGGCGUGUUCAUCGAACCCAGACAACAUAGAACUACAAAGUGAAUUACGUGAUGCUGCAGAUAAUUUGAAUUCAAUUGCUUAUUCAGCUGGAGCGGAACAAUUUCAAACACGACUAAUACACAAUUUACAGGCUGCUGCACGUGCUACAGUUACUGGUGCUACACAGUUAGUAAAUAUUAGUCAAGCGGCUACAAAAUACUCUCGUGGUAAUAGUUAUCAACUACAUAAUGAUACAAGAAAUGUCACGAAUCUUAUUCCCAAAACUGUUAUUACAAUUAGAGAAUCACGUGCUAAUCCAAGUGAUCCAAUGACACUACUUGAAUUAAUUGGCGCUUGUGAACGUUUCAUACAACCAUGCACUGCACUGGUGCGAUCCAGUAAAUCAAUAGCGCCAACACUGUCUGAUCCAGCUAUUCAAGCAGCCUUGGAAAAUUCUAAUAGUCAACUGGCUAUUGCUUUAGAAACAUUAGUUACAUGUUUACUAAGAGCUGCACCUUUAGCACGUCAUCUGCAAUUAGAUGGUGCAUUAGCUAAAUUGACCCGUUUAUCUGAAGAAGUAACUGCAGUGGAGUCUAGUUUAGCUCAAGGAAUAUUAGCUCCUAUUCCAGAACAAAAAGUCGAAGACUGUUGUCAUCUUCUUAAUACAAGUGUUCAUGAUGGAAGUGAAUCUGCUAAAAAGUUAAACUCUAUUAUACAUGCAAUGGCCAACAUGGAUUCAACUGCCUUAAAUCAACCUGAGUUAGCCGGUCAGUCAGCUGAUCAGUUAGCUUCAUCUAUGGCUGGACUUGUACAAGCAACACGUGGUAUUAUAGCUGAUCAAAAUAAUCUUAUCCUUGGUAGUACUGUUUCAGGUUCACCGAUGGUUUCCAGUUCUGUUGCAGAUUCAACACGUCGACGUAUUGUUCAAGAUACACGACAGGCUAUCCAACUAUCAUAUGAAUUAGUUAGAGCAGCAAAAGACGCCAGAAUAGCAUGUGAUUCAAAGCAACCAACUAAUGCUGCAACAGUUCAUAGUCAUAGCCAACAAUUAACUUCACAACUUAUUGAAACACUAACACGUUGUCUAUCUGGUUUACCUGGACACAGAGAAAUUAGUGAAGCUACUCACUUAAUUGAACAAAAACGUUCUCAGUUAAUUCAAUUUUCACAACCAAAUCAAACUAAACUGACAGCAAGAUUUGUUGAACCAGAUGAAUAUCAAAGGAAACAAGCAGAUUUAACUCAAGCAGCUGUAGAAUUUAACCAAGCUACUGGAGACUUAUUAUCUUCGUAUUCACCUGGAACAUUUAGACGAACGACUCGCCGCUUUACUGGGGCUUAUGAUCAUUUUACUGAUAAAGGCAUUGAGUUAUCAACCUGCAGUGAAAUGUCAUCAAGUAAUCAGCCAUGUGAACCAGUUGUAAACUCUGAUCUGCUCAAUGGACUUAUCAAUGUUUCAGACCAAAGUUAUGUCUUAAUGAAUGAAGCUGGCAAAGUUUGUGCUCAACCUGAAGCAGAGAAUUUAAGAGGGAAAUUCCAGUCAGCAGCUCGAGAUGUCACAGAAAGUAUAAGUCAGUUAUUAACAAUUUGCACUUCAAGUGUAAGUCCUGAUCAACGAGAAUGUGAAGCGGCACUUCGACGCUUAGAAACACUGCGUCCAUUAUUGCAAAAUCCUAACAGACCACUAAAUCAGCAUAGUUAUUAUGAUUGUGUAGAUGCUGUUGCUAAAAGUUUAGAGCCAUUGGCGGAAAGUCUAAGAUCAAUGUCUACAUCAGCUCGAGAACAAAAAUCUAAUGAAUUCAAUUAUGCUGUGCGUCAAUGUGCUAAUUCUGUUUGUCAGUUGGUUGAAGAAACUGCUCAGGCUGCAUAUUUAAUUGGAUUAGCUGACCGUUAUGAGAAUAAAAGAGAAAUCAGUACGGGUGGUGAUAAUACUGGCUCACUGGUAGAUUUAGACUUGUUCAUUCAAAGCCAAAAAGAAAUACAAAGUGCUUGUGAUGCUAUAUGCGAACCAAAUGUGAAUAAUCGUCAAGUAAUUGCUCUGUCAACUGAAAUGGCGCGUAGUGCAAAAACGUUAUGUGAAGCUUGUAGUCAGGUAUCAAAUCAGACUACCAAUCCUGAGGCUAGACAACAUUUGAAUAAUCUUACUAAACAGACUAUGCAGUCAAUUACAUCGCUUAUUCAACAUCGUGGUAGCACUGUAGCUUCUGAUAUCAAUGGUGAAUGGACUGAAUCGAAUCGUCAGCAAACAUGGGCAAAUGCACAAGCCGUUAGUGCUAAUGUUGCUAAUUUGGUUAAACUGGUAACAACUGAACCACAAUUUGCUGAUUUGAUAACAACACAAAGGAAAAUUACUACUACAACUAAAGCGGCUCAACGUCCUGUUUGUAUAGCUGGCCUUGAAAGUUUGAAUGCUACACAAACUGUGCUACGAUCAGCUCAAAAUUUACUGUCCACAUCAAAAACGGGACCAUCAGAAAAUAGUUUUAUGGCUUUCUCGAUAGCUAGUAAAGAUCUUUCUAAUAGUAUUAAGAUGUUGGCCACUGCUAUGCGUGAAAGCGCUCCUGGUCAACGUGAAUGUCAGAGUGUUUUUAAUAAUAUUAAAAAGUUACUGCAUGAACUACAAGAUGCUCGUAUCGCUAGUAUGGAGAACAGACUACCUCCAAGACGUGAACUAAACGAAGAAGGUUUCCAAAGACAAUUAGCUACUAGUGUUCGCGCCUUACUAGAUUCUGCACCGACAGUUGGACGUGCAGCUUCAUCUGAAGCAGAACAACUUGGGAGAACUAUACUGACAUGGGAUUCUUAUCUUCCUGGUUUGGUAUCUGGUUCUAUAGCAGCUGCAUCGCGUUCUCCUUUACCUAGUACACAACUAGUCUAUUUGGAUCAUGCAUCCGCUGUCUUAGAGGCUGCAAGUCAACUUGUUACUGUCGCUAAAGAUUCUGGAGGAAACCCAAGAGCUGUUCAUCUUCGUGAUAGCUUGAAUGAAUCUGUUCGUGGCUUGGUGGUUUCUUGUGAAGAAUUUUUAACUGUUCUAGAUGAUGUAGCUUCUCGUCAAGGUCAUGUGAGCACUCUAAUCGAUACUUUGAGUCGUGCCCAAGCACAGGCUGAAGAAAUAAUUCAAGUUCCUGUGGAUGCACGAUUCUCUGAUUAUCAAACACGUUUGUUAAGAAUAGCUCGACAUAUGGAUCAGUUGAAUCAAGCUAUUCAAUUACGAACUAGACAACCUGGAUCAGAUGGAGAAGUUGCACCGUUGGCACAUAAUCUAACACAGGAAUAUCAAGAAAUGUGUCAAACAUGUAAAGGUGCAGCAGCUACUUUACCUGAUGUAAAUCAAGCAGACCAAUUACGUUCAGCUGUUCGUGGUGUAGGAACAGCAUGUAUUAGUCUAGUACAAACUACAACUGCAAGUCGUUCGUAUUUUACUGAUUCACAUGGAUCUGGAGCAGGCCAACAGUUAAUGUUAAGUCGUAAUAAAAGUAUAGCUGAAUUGGAUAAACGAGCUGAAGUCUUAGAUACAAAACUACGUAAUCUAAUCCAUCUAUUAGAAACUCAUGGUCCAGGUACACAAGCUUGUCUUCAAUCAGCUAGUACAGUGAGCGGAAUUAUUUCCGAUUUGGAUACAACUAUUCUGUUUGCUAGUUCUGGUACAUUACAUCCACCUAUUCGUGAUGAUGUGGACGCUUUAUGGGCUGAUGACGAAUACGGUCAUUCAGGAUUAGCUGAUAGAAAUCAUGCGCAUUAUUUGGCUUUGUCAAAUAUGACAGAUGGAACCGGUGUGCCAAGUCGUAGUGGAAGUAGACCAGAAAUGCAUAAUGCAGAGAAUUUUACUCCUUUAAGAGAAAGCAUAGCUCGUACAGCUCGUGCUCUUGUAGAUGAUACUCAAUCGUUAGUCAGUGGAACUGGUGAAGAUCAAACACGACUGGCUAGUAAAGCGCAUAUUGCAGUUGAACGGAUUACACAACUAGCUGAUGUUGUCAAACGUGGUGCAGCAGUGAUUGGUCCAGGUCAACCAGAUACACAGGUGGAAUUAUUAACAUUGUGCCGAGAUGUUGCUGUUGAUAUGCGUAGUGUAUUUCUUUCAGCUGGUAAAGUUCAAGGACGUCCAUCUAUAGAUCCUGUCUACGAUGAGGUUAGAUCAAACGCUCAAGUGGUCGUUUCUAAUGUUGGUCAACUUCUUCAAACUCUUAAAUCAAUAGAAGAAGAUGAACGACGUGGAAUACGAUCACUUGAACUUGCUGCUAAAUAUUGCCGUGAACAAGCUAAACUUCUUCCAUCAUCUAAAGAUCCAGAAGGUAUACUUACACCAGUUAGUUCACGUAAAUCAACAGCAGCCAGUGCGCACAGUGUUUCAGUUGCUAGUGGUUCAUCUAGUUUAAUUGCACGUUAUUUAGCUCCAGAUGAUUUAGCUCGUGCAGCUGGUGGACCUGUACAAUCAGCAGUUUCAAAAGCGAUUUUAGCUAACAAUACACAAACACGACGAGAUAUUGUUCAUACUACAUCAGCAACUCGUGAUGCAGUAACUGAUUUAGUUGCAGCUGCAAAAUGCCUACUGCGAUACUCGGAAAUCUCUGCAGAAACACGAUCAGGAUGUGCUGUAAUAACAAGGGGGUUGGUUGAAGAAUUUGCUGUUCUGUUGGAUGCUCUCAAAAAUAGUAUAUGUACAACCCAAAAGCCGGAGACGGGGGAAGUUCCCAACAUAGCCCGUCGCAUCGCUGAUAUUUCACACAGCUUGAUUAAUUUAGUUGACAGUCUCAGAGAGGGGCCAAGAUUGGUUAUGUAUUUCCGCGCAAGUAGUCCUGAAUGGCGUGAUGUGGCUGAAAAGUUUAUUGGACGUCAUGUCGCCUAUCACCAUCAUUACGUAUCAAAUUACGCUCUGGCUGGCUCAGAAUCCACGCACAAAAGCGUUUAUAUCCGACCAACAUGUUAUCCUUUCCCAUUGUCUCAUGAUCAAACUGGCGAGCAGCAAACUUCUGUGAAUGAUGAAGCAGAGUGCCGAGUUUUGGAUGCUAUCAAUCAGCUUAAUUCAUCAUUGGAAGAAUGCUUACCGGAUAAUAAAAUAGCUCAGUCUCUCCUUGCUUCAGCUAGAUCAGUAGCUGCAUCAGUUCAAAAUCUUAUCAGAACUGCUAGAACUGUUGUCUCUGUACCACCGACGGAAGCUGUGGAUAGAGCUCGGACAGCAGAGAGUGCCUCACAGAAAAGCGCUAGUUCAGCUGCCCUUUGGCGUACUGAGAUCAAUAUAUCCCUUGCCACUCAGCAUUUGUGUCAUCUGUCCAAAUUAUGUGCAGAAACAUUGCCGUCCCCAACAUCGACAAAACUUGGUGAUGGUAACGGAGAAAUAUCAGGGCGAUUAAUCUUAUCUCGCGAAAGACUCCUAGCUGCUGUUCGACAAGUAGCAGCUGCUGGAGCGCAACUGCUGUUGGCAGCCAAACUGAGGAAAGAAGCACUAAUGUCUGCAGAUAUUCGCAAGCUAAAAACCGCCGGACAAGCAGUGAAGGAGUCUACAGACCUACUUGCUGAAACUGUUCAACGAGUGCCUAACGAUUCAACUGCUAUAACUUGGCCAACGUAUACAAAUCAAACAUUAUUACAGAGUAUUCAAACUAAGGCUCAAAUUCACUCUCAACAAAUGGAAUUAGAGGCACUGGAAUCACGUCUUGCUCGUUUGCAGCAAUCUUAA